AUGCCUCAAGCGGUCAAUUGCCUGACAAUUAUUGUAAAAGAGUACAAUCUCUGUGGCGAUGGUCCUGUAAACACAGACGUCCUCAAACACCAUGGCUCUGACAACUCUUCCCCGUCCUCUCGUGCUAAGUUGAAUGUUGCUAAAUUGCUUUACAAGCAGGGAAUGGCAAAAAGAGCUACCAGGCUGGUGCAGGAUCACCACCGCCGUGGAUUGUCACCACCUGUUCCUUCCUGUCAGACUAUGGUUGAUGUAGACCCCUCGUUUGCAACACCUAACGCCCCAUCUGCAGACUGGUCGCGCCUGUCUCGUAGUUUGUUUCGCAACAUCAAGGAGGUCUAUGCGGCCAUCGCAGACCACUUCGGCAUCAACUCGGCGCUGACCCGAACAAAUAAGAGGAAGGCGAAGAUGAUCGUCAAAGAGGUGCUCCUUCGUCUUGAGGAGGAAGAGCAGGAGGAGCAGUUACUCGACUAG